AGCCGCAGUAGCUGCCGCGGCCGCUCCUAGCCCUGGGGAUCCUGGGACGAGGCCUUUCCGGAAGGAGCGGCUCGGCGUACGGGGCUCGGUCCUUGUUCCAGGCCCAGGUUCAAGCCAGGCCCUUGUUCCCGGCCCCCGUCCUAACACAGCUCUCCGUCGCAGCGGCGACGCGCCAGUGGCAGCGGAGGGCGCCGCAGGCCGCUCGCUGAGGUGGCCGGCCUCGCCGCCCGGGAGCCGCGGUACGUGGCGGCGCCUCCCCCUUGGCCCGGAGCUGAACUGCUGGAGGAGCGGCCGCGCAGGCCGGACCAGGUGAACCGGGUCUCUUAACAGCUUUCUGGUGAUGACUCAUCUGCAUGACAAUCAGAUUUGAGGUCUACGGCCUUUCGUGGUCCUGCUAAAGAACAGUCUGCAGUGGUUGGCUGGUGUGUUCUGAAGGGUGCCACAGUGACUGCUUGCCCUUGAUAAGGAAGGCGAGCUCCUCGGCUCUUUAGACACCCUCGUUUCCUUGAAAGCUUUCAGCUUAUUACGUCUUUCGCCGGCACAGAUCUGUGCAAAAGGACGGCUUUCACAUGAAAGUGUCUCUUGGUAACGGCGAAAUGGGCGUCUCCGCCCAUUUGCAGCCAUGCAAGGCAGGAACCACACGUUUUUUUACCAGCAAUACGCACAGUUCGGUGGUAUUGCAAGGCUUUGAUCAGCUUAGAAUAGAAGGAUUGCUUUGCGAUGUGACCCUUGUGCCAGGUGAUGGAGAUGAAAUCUUCCCCGUUCACAGAGCUAUGAUGGCGUCUGCCAGCGAUUAUUUCAAGGCUAUGUUUACAGGUGGAAUGAAAGAACAAGAUUUAAUGUGCAUUAAGCUUCAUGGGGUGAACAAGGUUGGUCUGAAGAAAAUAAUUGAUUUUAUUUAUACUGCAAAACUUUCUCUUAAUAUGGACAAUCUUCAGGACACGCUUGAAGCUGCCAGCUUUUUACAAAUUUUACCUGUUUUGGACUUCUGUAAAGUAUUUCUUAUUUCAGGAGUCUCUUUAGAUAACUGUGUUGAAGUUGGGCGAAUCGCUAACACCUACAAUCUCAUAGAAGUGGAUAAGUAUGUGAAUAAUUUCAUCCUGAAGAAUUUUCCUGCGUUACUCAGUACUGGGGAGUUUCUGAAACUCCCUUUUGAACGGCUUGCCUUUGUGCUUUCCAGUAAUAGUCUUAAGCACUGUACUGAACUUGAGCUCUUCAAGGCUGCCUGUCGCUGGCUGAGGUUGGAAGACCCUCGGAUGGAUUAUGCUGCAAAAUUAAUGAAGAAUAUUCGGUUUCCACUGAUGACACCACAGGAUCUCAUCAAUUACGUACAGACAGUAGAUUUCAUGAGAACCGACAAUACCUGUGUGAAUUUGCUUUUAGAAGCUAGCAAUUACCAAAUGAUGCCAUAUAUGCAGCCAGUGAUGCAGUCGGAUAGAACUGCCAUUCGAUCUGACUCAACACACUUGGUCACAUUAGGAGGAGUUUUGAGGCAGCAGCUGGUUGUCAGUAAGGAAUUGCGGAUGUAUGAUGAAAGAGCCCAAGAGUGGAGAUCUUUAGCCCCCAUGGAUGCUCCUCGUUACCAGCAUGGUAUUGCUGUCAUUGGCAACUUUCUUUACGUAGUUGGUGGUCAAAGUAAUUAUGAUACGAAAGGAAAAACUGCUGUCGAUACAGUUUUCAGAUUUGAUCCUCGGUAUAAUAAAUGGAUGCAGGUUGCCUCUUUAAAUGAAAAGCGCACAUUCUUCCACUUGAGUGCCCUCAAAGGGCAUUUAUAUGCUGUUGGUGGGCGAAGUGCAGCUGGGGAGCUGGCCACUGUCGAAUGUUACAACCCAAGGAUGAACGAGUGGAGCUAUGUUGCAAAGAUGAGUGAACCCCACUAUGGCCAUGCUGGAACAGUGUAUGGAGGCUUAAUGUAUAUUUCAGGAGGAAUUACUCAUGACACUUUCCAAAACGAGCUUAUGUGUUUUGACCCAGAUACAGACAAAUGGGCACAGAAGGCUCCAAUGACUACAGUCAGAGGUCUGCACUGCAUGUGUACAGUUGGAGACAAGCUCUAUGUCAUUGGUGGCAAUCACUUCAGAGGAACCAGCGAUUAUGAUGAUGUUCUAAGCUGUGAAUACUAUUCACCAACCCUUGACCAGUGGACACCGAUUGCUGCUAUGUUAAGAGGUCAAAGUGAUGUUGGAGUUGCUGUCUUUGAAAAUAAAAUCUAUGUUGUAGGUGGAUAUUCUUGGAAUAAUCGUUGUAUGGUAGAAAUUGUCCAGAAAUAUGACCCAGAAAAGGAUGAGUGGCAUAAAGUUUUUGACCUUCCAGAGUCUCUUGGUGGCAUUCGAGCUUGUACUCUCACAGUUUUUCCACCCGAGGAAAACCCUGGGUCACCUUCUAGAGAAUCACCUCUCUCAGCACCUUCAGAUCAUUCUUAGGACUAAAAUGUAAUACCAUUACAGUGCAUCAUAGUGAUCUCACACUUGCCCUUCAGUUGUAUCUUCUUACAAUGAUUGGUACAGUUAAUUAGAUAAAGUGGUUAGCUGAUGUUAUUUGUAUUGUUUGGCUUAGUGUGCUUAUCAUAUGGUUAACAAAUGUAUUCUGAAAAUGUAUUCAACAUAGCCAGCUGUUUUAACCAGUGUAAAAAGAUACGUAGAGAAGUGUUUUAGAUGUCUUUGUGGUGUUGCGUAAGUCAAAUUGUAGGUGAUCGUAGUAAACGUGUAACUAUGUUCAUUAUGCUUCAAAGUUGAGAGAAUUUUCAUCUUUGAUUUCAAAACAUCAAAGGGAGGCUGCCUGCUCUAACCUAAAACAAUAAACGGUCGCCAAAUAUUA